AGGCACUUCUGUGGGGCGGUACGCUACGCUUUGACCUUCUUUGCAUUGGUCGUCUUCGUUUUCUUAAUCGGCGGCGGCGGCAAAUCCUCCUCUGACGAAACAUCGUCGUCUUCGUCGUCGUCGUCAUCAUCAUCAUCGCCAUUCUUUACAGCUGCCUUAAUUUCGUCUUCAACUGACGACGACUCGCUUCCUGAUUCCUCAGAUGCAUCGCUCGAUGUCUCGAUAAUCGGAGCCGACUUGGGAGGAGAUUUGGCUUUCUUUUUCUGUUGCUGA